UUUUAUUGGAAAAGUUUGUAAAUAAAAAUAAAAAAAAAAAUUCUAGAAAAAAAACACAAAAAUACAUGGCUGGGAUUUAGAAUAGCAAACGCCUCCCCCGAGUUUCGGGUUAAAAUGGUGAAAUCAAAGCAUGAGUAAUCAAAAUGGGAAAGCAAAACAGUAAAUUGAAACCAGAAGUCUUAGAAGACCUCAAACAAAACACAGAAUUCACAGAUGCAGAAAUUCAAGAAUGGUAUAAAGGAUUUUUAAAGGAUUGUCCUAGUGGGCAUCUCUCUGUUGAGGAAUUCAAAAAAAUAUAUGGGAACUUUUUUCCGUACGGCGACGCAAGUAAAUUUGCUGAGCACGUAUUCCGCACGUUCGAUGCCAAUGGAGAUGGCACGAUUGAUUUUAGAGAGUUUCUAUGCGCGCUGAGCGUAACAUCACGCGGCAAGUUAGAACAAAAGUUAAAAUGGGCGUUCUCGAUGUAUGAUCUAGAUGGGAAUGGUUACAUUUCCCGACAAGAAAUGCUGGAAAUCGUCACGGUUGGUGCAUAUUUGAUGAAAGAUGCAAUUUAUAAAAUGGUUGGUUCAGUUAUGAAAAUGCCGGAAGACGAGAGUACGCCAGAGAAACGAACGGAUAAAAUAUUUAGACAGAUGGAUCGAAAUAAAGACGGCAAAUUAAGCCUCGAAGAGUUCAUUGAAGGCGCGAAGAGCGAUCCGUCAAUCGUUCGCUUAUUACAAUGUGAUCCUCAAACACAUUAACUUUUAUAUAUAUAAAAAGUUAUAACAAGCAAUAAACAAUUAAUCUCAAAUACAUGCAAAAUAAUAAAGUUAUAAAACAAUUAAA